GGCUGCGCAGGCUCCGUGGCUGCCACCGCCGCCCCAGCCGGGGAUGUGCCGGCUUCUGCCGCAGCUGAGAUGGCCCAGGCCGGAGGGGAGGUCGCCCGGGAGCUGCAAGACAGUGUCCGGAAGUUCCUGAACCGGCCUCCCAUUCACCUCCUGACAAGGGUGAAGCUUGAAUCCAAACCGAAGAAGAAUGAAGACAGGGUGCUGGUCCUUACUACCUGGCGGAUCUAUCUCUUUUCACUUAAGGUGCCGGCCAAGCUUGAGUGCUCUUUCAACGUCCUGGAGAUCCGAGCGUUAAACGCCCUGAAUCACAACCAGAUCUUGGUGGAGACAGAGAAAGCAAACUACAACUUGAAAUUCCCCACCCCGGAAAGUGCCGACCAGGUCACAAGACACGUCAACAACGCCUUAGCCAAAAUCUUUCCCUGCCCAGCCUCUGUCUGCCUGAUACGUCAUGGGACUGUGGAGACCCCAGAGACGCCGCGGGACAUGUCCCCCAACUCGGAAAGUUCCAGCUCCACCACGCACAGCAUUUGCGGAGGGUUUUCCGAAACCUAUGCAGCCCUUUGUGACUACAACGGCCACUCUUGCCGGGAAGAGGUGCAGUGGGAUGUCGACACGAUUUAUCAUUCGGAAGACAACCGGGAAUUCAAUCUGCUUGAUUUCUGUCACCUGGAAAGCCGGGACUUAGCUCUGAUUGUGGCUGCUUUGGCAUAUAACCAGUGGUUCACCAAACUUUACUGCAAGGACUUGCGGCUGGGCUCUGAGGUGGCUGAGCAGGUUCUGCACACGGUGAGCAAAUCCCAUCACCUGGAGGAACUGGUGCUGGACAAUGCAGGCUUAAAAACAGAUUUUGCCCUGAAGCUCUCGUGCGUUUUGGCAGAGAACCCACACACAGCCCUUCACUCCCUCACCCUCUCCCACAACCCGCUGGAGGACAAAGGCCUCAGCAUCCUGAGCCAGCAGCUGUUGUGUUUCCCCAAGGGCCUCAGCAAACUUUGCCUUUCCAAGACCAGCAUCACUGCUAAAGGACUCUCCAUUCUGUGCCAGACCUUUGGAGCCAAUCCGGCCUUCACCAGUUCCCUUCGCCAUCUUGACCUGAGCAAAAAUCCAGGGUUACUGGGGACCGAGGAGGCCAAUGGUUUCUAUUCAUUCCUCGCCCAGCCAAACGCACUGGUUCACCUGGACGUAUCCUCCACAGACUGUGCAGUGGAUGCCCUGUUCAGGGCGCUGCUGCACGGCUGUUGCCCACGGCUUAGCUACCUCAACCUUGCACGAAACACCUUCUCCCACAGGAAAGGAAAGGGAUUACAGCCUUCUCUCAAGCAGUUUUUCUGCAGCGCCUUUUCUCUCAGCUAUGUAAACUUGUCAGGCAUCAAAAUGCCUGUGGAGGCGUUAAGGUCUCUUUUCCAAGGUCUGUCAGCCAACACCCACCUCAGCGAACUGCACUUGGACUUGAGUGGAUGUGAGCUGCGCUCCCCAGGGGCCCAGGUGCUUCAAGAGCAGUUGUCUGGAAUCAGCGCCUUGAGUAGCCUAGACCUUUCUGACAAUGGCUUCGACAUGGACUUGCUGACCCUCGUCCCAGCACUCGGGAAGAACAAGUCCCUGAAGCACCUGUGGCUGGGGAAGAACUUCAAUGUCAAAUCCCGAACCUUGGAGGAGAUCCUUCAGAAGAUUGUGCAGCUUAUCCAAGAGGAAGAGUGUUCCUUGCAGUCUUUCUCUGUUGCCGAUUCCCGGCUGAAAACCCGCACCAGCAUCCUGAUCAACGCUCUGGGCAGCAAUACUUGCUUGACCAAAGUAGACCUGAGUGGAAAUGGCAUGGAAGACAUUGGGGCGAAGAUGCUCUCCAAAGCCCUGCAGAUCAACAGCACCCUGAGGAGUAUUUCCUGGGACAAGAACAACACAACUGCACAAGGCUUCCAGGACAUUGCCCGGGCUCUGGAGAACAACUACACCCUCAAGUUCAUGUCCUUUCCUAUGAGUGACAUCACGGCAGCCUAUCGCAACACCCCCGAGAGGACGGAUGAGGUGUGGCAAAAGAUCCAGUGGUGCCUCCUUAGGAACAACCACUCGCAGAAGGUCCCCCAGGACCAAGCCUUCCGCCUCCACCAAGGAAUCGUCACCAAUAGCGCCGAGCAAAUGAUGACCCGCCUGUGUGUGAGAGUCCAGGAAGAGGUGCGGGUGCUGCGAAGCUGCUCUGCCGAUGCUGUCCAGGAGGAGGUGCUCUACGCCCGGGAGCUCAUGAAGGAAGCCAAGAAUUCACGGGCGCUCUUCCCCAGCCUGUACGAGCUCGGGCACAUUUUGGCCAGCGAUGGGCCGGUCAGGCACAGGCUAGAGUCGGUGGCCAAUGAAGUAUCAAAAGCAGUGGACAAGGAAUUGCAGGUGAUCCUGGAGUCCAUGGUUGCCCUCACUCAGGAGCUGUGCCCGCACGCCGUCCAGGCAGCUGAAGAGCACGACAAGAUGCUGGCAGCCGUUUCGGAGCGCGUUACCGUGCCCCGCAACUUCAUCCGGGGGGCUCUGCUGGAACAGGCUGGCCAGGACAUUCAGAACAAGCUCAACGAGGUCAAACUGUCGGUGGUGACCUAUCUCACCAACACCAUUGUAGAAGAGCUGCUGCAGGAGCUGUAUCAUGCCCACAAGAGUCUGGCCCAGCACAUCACCCACCUCCGCCGGCUUUCUGGAGGGCAAGACAACGCCUCCCUCCCGGAGCAGUUUGGGAAGCCCCGGCUCCGUGACCACGAGGAGACCACGGACGAUGAGCUUGGCUCCAGCAUUGACACCAUGGCCAUCAAGAGGCAGAAGCACUGCCGGAGGAUCCGACCCGCUUCUGCCUUCAUUAGCGGUUCUGAGCAGGACAGUGACCUGACAAUCCCCAGGAUGGGCUCCCCGCUGGGCUGGAUCUCCUUGGCCAGCAGCAGCCAGUAUUUGCAUUCCCACAGCACGUCUUUCGAGGUGCUCUCCGACCUGCCGACGGAGGGCGGCCGGCUGGAGCACCGCACACGCAACAGGCCCCGGCCUCCCCGCAAUGCACCCCACGGCGGGUUCCGUUCCAGUAACCGAAUCCUGGGGUCUAUUGAGUCCCGCGAACAGGAGAAUGGGUCGGUGCCACGGUUGGACGAGGGUCUAGAUGAAUUUUUUAACAGGAGGGUGCUUGCUGACAACACCAGCGAUGCCCGGACACCUAAGGGCUGCGGGGUCAGGCCGGGACCCUCCGACCCCCUCCCACCCUUGCAGAAGAAGAGGAGGAGGGGCCUGUUCCAUUUCCGCAGGCAUCGCAGCCUCAAGGGAGAGCAAGACCCCGAGGACCUGCCCCCAAGCCCUCCCCCGCCUCCGGUGGGUGGGGAUGAACAGAAGCCCCCACUGCGCCCUGCCCUCACCCAAGAGGAGGAGAGGAGGCUGGGGCAGGACAACGUGCCUCUUCCAAGAAUGGGGCCCACGGGUCCAGAAAGUGGGGUGAAGGGUCUGCCAAGCAGGGGACAGCAGGGUUCCAGUCCUGACGCAGGGAAGGCGGAGCCAGACCCCAAAGGGGUGGAGCUCCUGCAGCCGUCACGGGUCAAAGGUGUGGCAUUGCCUGGCAUGGGACACGCAAAGGGGUGGAGCCUGGAUGCCAAACUGGAGAGUGUUGUCCAGGAGCAAGAAGGGAGCAUGAGGGACAGGCAGAGAAGACGCUCUUCCCACGACUCAGGGCAAGGGGGGUGGAGGCCCCAUCCUCCACUGCAGAGUUCCAAGCCAAGUUUCGCCACUAUUCACCGGGCGGAAGCCAGCUGGGACAUAGCUGAAGAAAGUUCCCUGCGGGAGAGCAGAGGACAGGAAUCCCUCAAAGAUAUUCCUCCAGAAGAAGCGGAUGAGAGAGGCACUGUUGUGGCCACCCUGACCUUCGAGAAGGUCCGGCCAAUGGUGCCGGCCAAGCAGUUCAGGGAUCUGCCAUCUGCCCCCUGGCCUCCCAAGCCAGUCGCCCUCCCCAGGGGCCAGAAGUCCCCCAGCCAGCCUGAGAGAAGCCGUAGCAACGAGGAAGCCGGAGGAGCGGGAGGGGCCACCCCGGAAGAAGCGUGUACGUCCCCCCCAGUAGCCCAACCCCGACGCAGAGCCAAGGAACGGGACAACGAAGGGGACCCUGAGGUGGGGAGGAAGGCAGCCCCCCUCAAACCAAAGAGGACGCGUCGAGCACAGUCGUGUGACAAGCUGGACUCGGAUCGAGGCCGAAAUCCGGGCUCUGGAGGUGCCAGCGACACACCCCUGCCUGACCCCCCUCCCGCCCCCCCUGAGUGCAACCUGCCCACCUGGAAACCUCGCCCUGCUGUUUCCCACCCUCUCGUGCCAGCGGACCGGACUGUGGGAACUCCCACAUCUGGGACAGAGUGAUGGACAGGCGCUCCCUUGACGUUGCUGCCCCUGGAAGCUGUGAUGCCCGUUCAUCUUCUGGCGGAAAGAGCGAAGGAACAUGAAAGCUACAAAAGAGAGAGAGAAACGUGGGGGGCAUCCCCCCUCAGCUCUCCCCCUCCCACAGAGAGGGGGCGACCUCCCACCGUACAGAAACCGUCCGUCCGGGACUUGCUAGGACUCCAGUGCUGCUGGUCUCUGUCGCCCUUCUGUCCCACGCCUCCAUUUGUGCCUGUUUUUCUCCCCUCGCUUCUGGGUCAGACCUCCCCCCUCCACCGGCCCUAAUGCCCCAGAGGGACUUGGGGCACCCCCCCUUUUAAAAAUCAGGACGGUGACAAAAAAGCCACAAUUAAUUCCCCUCUCCCUUCACCCCUGCCCCCAAAUACUUGGAGGGGGGCGGUAUUGAGAUUUGAGCGGAAGAUGCCCAUUCCCUGGGCAAGGCAUUGGCCAGGGGCUUCUUUGCCCUCCACCCCCCAUCUCUUUCUCCAGUCUGAGCAUCCAACCCUGCCGGCCCCUGCAUUUCACACACCCCUUUCCCCUCCCCCUGCUCCCUACAUUCUCACUGUUCUAUUUUAAGCUUGUACAAAAGGAAGAAUAAAGAGAGAAUCAUAAUAAAUUAUAUAUGGAAAUUAAAAAAUAAAAUA